AUGCCUGAACGACCUGCAAAGAAGGCGCGCCUCGUCCAGCCCUUAUCAAAACCAAUCUCAGCCAAGCGCGUUAAAGGCUCUCCUGUUCCAAACAGCUCAAAAAACAAAGCGACGAGCAAAGGAAAAGAAAAAGCCAAGCCAGAGCAGCCGCAACUUCCAACGAAAUUCAAGCUUGUUGCAGGCUCGUAUGAAAAACUGCUUUACGGUCUCGAGGGCUCAGUCUCCUACGAUGAUUCCGGGCUAAGCUUUCACCUGAAACCCAUCUUUGCCUUCCCAGCCCAUGUUUCUGCGAUAAAGGCUGUCGCAGCCUCCCCACACGGGGGCAAAUGGCUGGCAACUGGGAGCGCAGACGAGAUUAUCAAAGUAUGGGACUUGCGCCGCAAGAAAGAGAUUGGAGGGCUCAUGCAUCAUGAAGGGUCUAUAACUCACUUGAACUUCCCCUCACGAUCUCAUCUGCUUUCGGCAUCCGAAGAUGGGACAUUAUGUCUGUUUCGUGCCCGCGACUGGGCAGUUUUGCGGGCUCUUCGUGGCCACAAGGGACGCGUAAACAGCGUCGCUGUUCAUCCAUCAGGCAAAGUCGCCCUAAGUGUUGGCAAGGACAGAACACUGAGGAUGUGGGAUCUGAUGAGAGGAAAGGGCAGCGCCAGUACGAAACUCGGAAAAGAGGCAGAAUUGGUUCGAUGGUCCACCAAUGGUACUCUUUUUGUUGUGCAAACAGGCUCAACAAUUGACGUCUACAACACUGAAAUGACCCUUCUCCAUACCAUCCAACAUCCAUCACGCCUCCAAGAUGUCUUAUUCACCACCCGCGUCGACGGUGGUGAGCUUCUUCUUGCUGGUGCAGAAGACAAAAGGCUGUCGAUAUACGACAUGGCUUCGACCAAGCCAGAAGACCCGCCUCGAAUUAUCGCAGCUAUGGUUGGGCAUGAGAACCGUGUGAAAGCCGUCCAAACGCUUGCCAUCGCACUCCCUUCAAACGCUCCAAGAUCCUCGACCACGAUAGUCAGCACUGUUUCUUCUGACGGCAAAAUCCACGUGUAUGACCUUGCGUCUGUACCUGCUCAAUCAGCACCGGGGCAGGAAGUCCCCGAAAUACUACCAGUCGUCGUCUAUGACACGAAUAAAACGAGGUUGACAUGUCUUGCGCUCGCGGAUGGCACAGCGGCAAUUGGUGAAGAUGAUGCGGUUGUGAAUGGGAAACGAAAGCAAUCCACACUAGACGAAGAGUCGGAUGAUGAGGAAGAAGACUGGGAGGGCUUACAUGAGGAGGAGGAGCAAGAGCAGGAGGCGGAACUAGAAAGCGAGUAA